AUGGUCAAGCUUGAAGCGGGUGACGACUUCGCGGCAAUUCAUCAAGAAAUCAUCAUGAUGCGGGAGUGCAAAAACCCAAACAUCGUUAACUACUUCAACAGCUAUUUGCAAUUUUUGUUGUUCGACUUUAGUUCUUGUAGUAUAAUAUAUUUCCUUUAUUUUAGAAGGGAUAAGCUUUGGAUAGUUAUGGAGUACUGUGGCGGAGGUUCGCUUCAGGAUAUGUACCAUAUGACUGGGCCGUUGAGCGAACUGCAAAUCGCGUUCGUCUGCCGCGAAACCUUGAAGGGUUUACAGUACCUCCACAGUAUAGGAAAGAUACACCGGGACAUUAAGGUAAGCUUACAUCAAGUUCGCCGAUCAUUUCUAUUAGUUUUUAAGGAUUUUCAGUAACU